CCGAUCUUCUCUCUAUCCCGAAGGUGGUCCGAUCUGCAGUCGAGAGGUUCUGUCUUCUCGGGUUUCAGUUUGUCUCUUGAAGACGCACUUCAUCUUCUCCAACGUUUCUUCAACUCUUCAAACCAGAUUAAGCAGAUUCACACUGUCCUCUUUACCAGCAACGCUUUGGUCGCUUCAAGAUGGAAAACGAAAUGCGUCUACAACACACUCAUUCGAUCUUAUCUCACUACAGGACAAUCCAAGACCUCUCUUGCUCUCUUCACCCACAUGCUUGCAAGGCAAGUCCGACCAAUCAAUCUCACUUUCCCUUCUCUGAUAAAAGUAGCUUGUUCAUCUUUCUCUGUUUCUUAUGGUGUUGCCUUACAUGGCCAAACUCUUAAACGGGGUGUUCUAUGGGAUCCAUUUGUUCACACUUCUUUUGUUCGAUUCUAUGGUGAAGUCUGUGAUUUGAAGAGCUCGAGGAAGAUGUUUGAUGGUAUUGUAGAUCCUUGUGUUGUAGCUUGUAACAGUUUGUUUGAUGCUUGUGGAAGAAACAGAGAGAUGGAUUUUGCUUUCGAGUUAUUUCAGAGUAUGCCUGUAACUGAUGUGGUUUCUUGGACUACUGUUAUCAAUGGGUUUAGUAAGAACGGGUUACACGCCAGAGCUGUUAUGCUUUUUGGUGAGAUGAUACAGAAUGAACGUGAGGUAAUAACUCCGAAUGAGGCUACUUUCGUUAGUGUGCUUUCUUCUUGUGCUAAUUUGGAUCGAGGAGGUCUUCGUUUGGGGAAACAGAUUCAUGUAUAUGUUAUGGGGAGAGAGAUCAUCCUCACUACUACUUUGUGUACUGCUUUGCUCGAUAUGUAUGGAAAAGCCGGUGACUUGGAAAUGGCGAGUAGAGCUGGACUAUUGGUUGACGCGGCCAAUUUCAUUAAUAAUUUGCCAUCCAAGCCUGAUGCUUCUGUUCUCGGAGCUCUUUUGGGCGCCUGCAAGAUUCAUGAGAAUGCUGAGUUAGGAAAAAACAAUUGGUCAGUAGCAGAACAGAUGAGGAAAGCCAUGACAGGAGCUGGAAUUUGGAAAAUCCCUGCUUACAGUGUGCUGUCUUAA